GAUCCUGAAGUUACGGAUCCUGUAUCUAUGGAAAAUAAUGAAUCAUUUUCUUUAAUUGAUCAAUCCUCUAGUUCUAUGUUGACCGAACGUGAACCUGAUUUUAUUGCAACAGAGUCCACCAUACAUAUCAAUGACGAAAAUUUUGAACCAGAAAUACCAAACCGACAGAGCCGCAGACGGUUACGAGACGAAAGCUCAUGGAAAGUGAAUAAAAAUAAGAAGUUAAAAAAUUCCGGUAAACGGUAUCAUUCGAUAAAAACAAACAAAGAGAGAAGCGGUAAAGUUAUGGGUGAUCCAUGUACAUGUAAAAAUAAAUGCACUGAAAAGAUAGAUAACAUUGUAAGAAUGUCAGCAUUCGAAACCUAUUGGAAAUUGGGAGACCAUGAGCGUCAAUGGGACUUUAUUCUUAGAUAUGUUAAAACAAAACCCACACGUGUUGUAGUUCUAAACACUACAAGACCUCGAACACAAACCUUGAUAUAUUCAUUACCAGCGAGAAAUGGGAUUGAUCUAGUGACAGUUUGCAAAAAAAUGUUUUUGCAAACUUUAGAUAUAAAUGAUCGGACCGUAUUCACAGCCUUGCUGAAGCAACAAACUCAAACUAUCACUGAUCUACGAGGCCAUCACACAAACAGACAGAACAAAAUACCUCAGGAGACAACUCAAAGUGUGAUCGAUCAUAUAAAUUUGUUUCCCCGCAAAGAGUCUCAUUAUCUCCGAAAACAGACUCAAAGAGAGUAUUUGGAUGAAAAGCUGAAUUGUGCUAAAAUGUACAGGCUUUACGUGGAUUGGAUGAAAGACAAUCCAGCAUAUCUAAAUGUCAAGGCAGCAACGGAGCGUUGGUAUUAUCAUAUAUUCAGCACACAAUUUAAUAUAGGUUUUUUUAAGCCUAAAAAGGAUAGGUGCGAGACAUGCAGUUUAUACGAAGAGGCUGACUCAGAAAGAAAAGAACAAUUAAAAACAGAUUACGAACUACACCUUAAGAAUAAAGAGCUUAUUAGACAAAUUAAAGACGAGGAAAAGAAAACAUCAGAUGCAACAACAAAAACAGUUGCGUGUUUCGAUUUGGAAAAGGUGUUGAGCUUGCCUCAGUCAGAGGUCGGAAUAUUUCAUUACAAGCGAAAAUAUCCGGUCUACAACUUCACUAUUUAUAACAUAUUGACUAAAAGUGGCUACUGUUAUGUUUGGCAUGCCACAAUUGCAAAACGAGGGGCAAACGAGAUAGCUAGCUGUUUGUGGAGCUAUUUGCAAGAUGAAGCAGAUAAAGGGAUCACAGAAGUGUCUUUUUAUUCUGAUAAUUGCAGCGGGCAAAAUAGAAAUCGAUUUGUGUUUGCAUUAUAUGUUCAUGCAUCCAUAACAUUAAAGCUAAAAAUCACUCACAGAUUUUUGCAAAAAGGUCACACCCAAAAUGAGGGUGACUCCAUGCAUUCCUGCAUUGAAAAAAGUAAAAAAAAUCAUGUAUUGUAUGUACCUGAUGAAAUUUACGCAAUUAUCAGAAAUGCUAAAGUACAAGGACAGAGAUAUAAUGUCAAAGAGAUGAGACAAGAUAAUUUUUUGGAUUUUAAAAAACUAAUAACCACUAAUAAUAAUUGGGCAAAGGACAUGUCUGGAGGAAAAAUUCACUGGACAAAAAUAAAAGAGAUUUCUGUUGAUCCUUUGUCACCUGGAAGGCUGUUGAUAAGAUAUGAUUUUGGUGAUGAGACACCAAUAAUGGUUGACACAAAUCGUUGCAUUAGAGUCGGAAGGAGAAAGAAAACAGCAGUUAGUGAAAAUAUAGGAGAGCCAUCUGUUUUGACACAAUUAUAUGAUGCACCACUGUCGAUAUCUGAAAAUCUUUACAAAGAUUUAAUUAGUCUGUGUAGAGAUAAUCAUAUCCCACCACACUAUCAAACCUUUUAUAUGAAUUUGCGUCCGCAAUGUAACAGUAACAGUAUUGAGGACAAUAUAAAUGUCAUCACUGACGAUGAUUCUUCUUGA